AUGUAUGGAACAGAUGGCAAUGGAAUAGUCCAUUCUACUUUAACUGAAAUUUAUGGAUUUGACUUUAUAGAUUAUUCUAGCAUUUUAGAAUUAGUCCAUACUAGUAUUUAUGGUCCAGAAUAA